AUGGAGUCUCUGGCGGCUGCCGUGAAUAAUCCUGAAACCAUGGCCAUAAUUCACAAGGACAUUGGCUUCUCCGCUGGUCAAACGGGUGACUGCACUUCUGUCUAUAUUGGAAGUCAACCCAAUUCAGUCAUCCACAACAUCACCGUCGAGCAAGAGCCAAGUCACAGCGAGCCUUCUAAUCUCUGGAACACGAUUCGUGCAUGUACACGUGAUGCUUGCUCUGAAUUCUUCGGCACAAUGAUUCUGAUCCUCUUUGGCAAUGGCGUCGUUGCUCAAGUUCUUCUCAGCCACGGUGAGAAGGGUGAUUAUCAGUCCAUCUCGUGGGGUUGGGGCCUAGGAGUGAUGCUCGGCGUAUACGUAAGCGGACAGUCAGGAGGCCACAUCAAUCCGGCCGUGACCUUCGCAAACUGCAUCUACCGUGGCUUUCCCUGGCGCAAAUUUCCCAUCUACCUGAGCGCGCAGAUUCUAGGCGCAAUGUGUGGAGCUGCCAUUGUGUACGGGAACUACAAAUCAGCCAUCGAUCUCUUUGAAGGCGGUGCGUCGAUUCGUACAGUGCCGGGGUACUCGUCGACCGCGACGGCAGGUAUCUUUUGUACCUAUCCGGCUGCAUUCAUGACCAGGACUGGCCAAUUCUUCUCAGAAUUUCUGGCAAGUGCCAUUCUGAUUUUUGUGAUCUUUGCAUUGAAGGAUGACGGCAAUCUGGGAGCGGGUCAGUUGACACCCCUCGCUCUGUUUUUCGUGAUUUUCGGUAUUGGGGCGUGUUUUGGCUGGGAGACCGGGUAUGCGAUAAAUCUUGCGCGGGACUUUGGACCCAGACUCACGUCUUACAUGUUGGGAUACGGAAGCGAGGUUUGGACAGCAGGAAACCAUUACUUCUGGGUCCCAAUGAUAGCUCCGUUUUUCGGGUGUGCAUUUGGAGGAUGGCUGUACGAUGUCUUCUUGUAUACAGGAUUUCAGAGUCCCGUCAACACGCCUUGGCUGGGUCUGAAACGACUAUGGUGUUUCAGUCGCAGACAACCAGUGAAUCUUGACAGCUCUGUUUGA